AUGUCCUACGUUUUUGUAAACGACUCUUCUCAGACUAAUGUGCCCUUGCUACAAGCCUGCAUUGACGGAGACUUUAACUAUUCCAAGCGGCUUCUGGAAAGUGGCUUUGACCCCAACAUCCGUGACAGCAGGGGCAGAACGGGCCUUCACCUUGCCGCAGCCCGCGGGAACGUGGACAUCUGCCAGCUGCUGCAUAAAUUUGGGGCUGAUCUUCUGGCCACGGAUUACCAGGGGAACACAGCUCUUCAUCUCUGUGGUCAUGUGGACACUAUUCAAUUCUUAGUCUCCAAUGGACUCAAAAUUGAUAUUUGCAAUCAUCAAGGUGCUACACCCUUAGUUCUGGCAAAGCGCAGGGGAGUGAAUAAAGAUGUCAUCCGAUUGCUGGAGUCUUUGGAAGAACAGGAAGUAAAAGGAUUUAACAGAGGAACCCAUUCAAAACUGGAGACCAUGCAGACAGCUGAGAGUGAAAGCGCCAUGGAAAGCCAUUCCCUCCUCAACCCCAACCUACAGCAAGGUGAAGGCGUCCUGUCCAGCUUCCGAACCACGUGGCAGGAGUUUGUAGAAGAUCUGGGCUUCUGGAGAGUUUUGCUCUUGAUCUUUGUCAUUGCUCUGCUGUCUCUUGGUAUUGCCUACUAUGUGAGUGGGGUGCUGCCCUUUGUGGAAAACCAGCCAGAACUAGUGCAUUGA